AGAGGGCUAGAGUCGCUUUCACCCAAACUAGCAGAGUUUUUCCAGGGGACAAUAAGCAAACCUGGACUUGUUGGGAUUCCACUUCCUCUUGAGUAAACACUUUAUUUGUUAGUAAGAGGAGAACCCAACAAUAUCCUAAAGUGGUUUGUGCUGGAAAUGCAGCUCACGGGAAUGCAGCCGUCACUGGCACUUCAUCAGCCACCACCCACACCAUAAUGUUUCACAGAAAAAGGACGACCCCUGAACCAUGGCUUCCAUUUGUGUCUCAGACCCCCAGUAAAGACAAAGCCAAAGAGGGUGAAACCGUCAUCCUUGGAUGCCAGUUCCAAAGUCCCCAUGGCCCAUCUUUGAAUAACCUAGCCGUGAAGUGGUACAAGGAGGAUGAAAAGGGGCAGAGGGACCUUAUGGAGAACAAUGUCACUGUAGUGGCAAACAACACCCGAGUUUCCAUGAUAGGGAAUUUAUCUGAGGGUGAUGCAUCUUUGACUAUCGUAAACGUGACUACCAGCGAUCAUGGCACUUAUUUUUGCCAGGUGAUUCUUCCCACUGGAGAAGUGGUAACAGGUGACGGCACAAAGCUCAGGAUCCAAAGGGCCAUGGGAUUUUUUGGUAUAGAAGAAUCUAUUGGAACCAUUAUUGGAGUACUGGCAGCUAGCAUUGGAGGCUUGGUUGUUCUGAUCAUAGUUUUAGUCCCUCAUCUGAGAAAAUGUCUUCCAUGUGCCAAAAGAACCUCCCACCAAGCAUAAUGUGGACACAUGAUUAAAGAACAGAUGUGCCAAGGACAACAUAGGUUUUCUGAAUGGAAGCAAAAAGGUUAAUUGUUGUGUCCUCCCUAGGUACAAUAAAAAUGUCUUUAACAUCCUUUUAGAACAUGUUUCAGAUUUUAUAAAGCUUAUUUUACAAAGAGAUGGCACUGUCAGUGUAUCCAUAGAAUCCGCAAUCAGAGCCUCUUGUAUGUUAUUUGUGAAAUAUUACUGUUGAUAAGUAUACAGACUACAGGAAAAAUCCUGUUGUGUAGCUACAUGAGCAUAAUUAUGAGUUAUGUUUGUGUUAGCUAUGAUAGCGCCCAGGUGGAAGUGCUAUCCACAAAGCACUUCCACCAGUAUAUUGUGCAAUAACCAAUUGCAUAAUCAAACUGCGAAGUUCCUUGUUGUCAGGCAUUGUUACACCUGUUUGAACAGGAUGUUGCCCUGUGAAAGAUAAGCCCUGCUGACAUCACGUCCAUCAUAAUUAUACAGUGGCACUAUAUUCCUUAUAGACAUCCAUCUGGAAGAUGUGGGUAGGAGGGAGAACUUGCAGUAUGUGGGAGGAGGUGGUUAAGCAUCCCACCUAAACUAUCUCUUCCAGAAACUGCACUUCUAAUUGAAGUCACCAUGGACGUUUAAAAAAACAAAUACAAACAUUUUUGUGCAAUUCUCUAUUAGGUCCUUUCCCAGCACUAUUAACACAAUAAAAGAGUAUCAAUAUCCUGUGCUUUUGUAAGAGCCAAAACUCUUGUCCUUGUGAUGGCUGGUCCUAGAUGUCAGCCAUCUGAAUGUUGAUCUAUUGCCAGUAUUUGUCACUCAUGUUGAUUCACAGGACAAUGGCAGCCUGAAGAAUCCAUAGAUGUUAUUGAUAUUUUAUAUAACCCACACAUACCUUGGAAGCUCUUUUUUAUGGCCAUGUCACUUCUAGAUAUUUUACUUCAGUCUUUGAGAGGGCAACUUCAUGAGAAAAAUCAGAACCUCAAAGGUAUUCAGAAUAGAGAUGAGGUAUUUCUCUCCUCAUGGGCUGAGACUUUGAACAGGUGAUUUCUUAGGAAACCUCUCCAGUUUCUGAGAAGUGCUCAAAGGAGGAUUUCUUCUAGGGACCACAGAAGAAGUCUAGAUAGGACACUAGCGCUUCAUAACAAAAUAACAAUUUACUGUCCCUCAAUCCACAUUUUCUUCUGCGUAUGUAAUGUGCCAUCUUCUGUUGAUCUUCUUGCCAUGGAUUAUCCAUCAGUGACCUUUUACUAUGUUGUUGUAACGUUGGUUAUUCAGUGCUUUUCCUAAUACCCUGCCCACCAAUUUAGUGUACAUUAAAAUUAUAGUAAAAGAAUUCCUAUAAACAUAAAAAUAUCUAUCUAGGGGGAAAAUAGGAAUUUUAUUUCUCUCCUGAUAGGACUCAGAUCCUUUGAUAGAAUGAUUGAUGGAACAUGAGAUACCAAUGUGUACCACAGGAAAGAAUGGUAAAUUUUGCAUGCCUCUGUAAUGCCUUUUAAAAGGAGACUGUGUCAUGGUCUCAGCAUAUAAAAUAUCUGUGUUUUUGCUCUACUGUGGAGUUAUAUGACCAAAAUGGUUAUAUGACCAAAAAGUUUUUAGCAUGUAUACAUUUCUGAAACAGGGACGCCUACGUUGGC